CUUUUCUUGAGAGCUGUGAGAAACCCGCCCGUGUCGCAACGCCGCCCGCAAAAGGCUAUUGUCGCGCCUUGAUCACGAUGCACAAUAGGCUGUGGUGAUAUAUAGGCGCACCUCCUCUGCGCCUUCGAUGAACGCCCCCGGCUUUCCCUCCAGCUCUCUUACACGACCCGUACACGACUCACGACCUGGUGUCCUGAGCCUGACGACUAGCAUACCACACGCCACCGCUAAUAUCUCUGCUGCAUACUCUUGACGAGCAUCUCGGACCCGACGCAUCUCUCCUUUUUUCAUUAACGACACUCGGCAGCCACCAUGGUUAACUUCACGAUUCUCGCGGGCGGAUACUCAACGUUUAUUGCGACCUACCUGUUCAAUUCGGACGCGAACACCCUCUCGCUCCUGAGCCAGUCGCCCACGGGUCAGAACCCAUCAUGGAUCGACCUGCACCCGACAAACAAGAGCAUCCUGUAUGCGACGAACGAGAACACAGAGGGCGCACUGCAGUCGUUCUUUGUCAAGCAGGACGGCUCCCUCACCGCCGCCAUCGGACAAACAAGCUCAGGCGGGAACGGCCCCGCGUUUGCCGUCCCGCUGUCUACUGGCGAGGUCGCUGUCAUGAACUUUGGCUCGGGCAACGGCCUGAUCAUCCCCACUGAGGCGGACCCGCUCGAGUUCACCGAAGGCGCGCCGCUGAUCUCGUUCAACGCACCCGUCUCGCACCCGCACAUGGCCCUCGAAGUCGGCUCAGAGGUGUUCGUCCCUGACCUGGGCGCAGACACCAUCUGGCGCCUCGCCCCAACGGGCCCCCCAGGCGCGUUCAAGAUACAGGGCCAGAUCGACCAGCCGCAGGGCAGCGGCCCGCGGCACAUCGUCGUGCGCGACUCCCAGCUGUACACUGUGCACGAGCUCUCGUCCACGCUCACGCAGCAGGCGAUCCCGCCCACCCCCGCCUCGCCCGGGCCCGCCCCGCUCGUCGCGAACUUCUCCGUCGUCCCGCCCGGGCUCCCGGCGGGCGCGAGCAUGGCCGCGGGCGAGAUCCUGCUCGCCGAGGCCUCGCCUGCCGCGGGGUCGAACUUCACGCAGCCGUUCAUAUACGUGUCGAACCGGAACGUGGGCGUGCAGGACCCGCGCGGGGACGCGAUCGCGAUCUAUGCGGUCGAGCCGCAGCUGGCGUUCGUGAAGCAUGUGUUCACGGGGCUCGACCAGAUCCGCGGGAUGGAGCUGAGCGGGGGCGACGAGAACGCGUUUCUGGUGGCGAGCGGGGUGGCGGGGAGCGCGGGCGUCGUCGUGCUGAAGCGCACGCAGGGCGGCGCGGACCUCGAGAUCGUCGCGACGAACACGGACGUCCCGACGCGCUCGAGCUUCGUCUGGCUAGACUAGGUACAUCAUGUGCAUACGCAAUGUACACUACUAGUACUGGCGGCUUUCCGUGCCUACGUCGCGGAACUUGCACGCGCGCAAUCGACCACAUGCUGACCGG